CGCGGGGGCCAGCUGGGUGCCUGGCGACGGAGCGCGGGCCGGGAGGCGGCAGGUCCGGCGGCGGCGGCGGGCGAUCGGUAGCAGGGUGCAGGCGGUCCCAGAGCACUGGGAAAGUGGGUCUCACUCAAUUUUGUCAACUAGUCCUGCAAUACAGUCCUCCCAAUAAUGUCCUGCACCACGGAAGGAGGUCCUAUACAAGCAAAUUAUGUAUUCCGAGGGAUCGAGUAUAUAAUCACCAUGACAGUUACUGGGGACGUGUUGGAGGUGCAAGUCGAAGACAGACUGACUUCUGAACAGUGGAGAGGAGAAUUUGAGGCUGUUUAUAUUGAGGAUGUCACACACAAAACUGGAAACUUCAAACAGUUCUCCAUUUUCUGCAACAUGUUGGAGUCGGCCAUCACAAAGAGCAGUGAAUCGGUGACCCUUGACCUGCUAACCUAUGCUGACCUAGAGCUGCUAAGAAACCGUAAGACGGGAGUUGGAAUGAGGCAAGUGCCACCACCAAAAUCAGGGGCACUCAACGCUAAACGCUACCUCAUCCUCAUCUACUCGGUGGAGUUUGACAGGAUACACUACCCACUGCCACUGCCCUACACUGGGAAGCCUGAUCCAGUAGCUCUCCAGAAAGUAAUCCGGGGAUUGAAAGAGGAGCUGGCUGCAAUGAGAUCAAAGCAGGGCAUGGAUUACCGUGACACAGAGCUCAGGCGGUUGAGAGUGGAUCCCUACUGUGUGCUUCUCAGGUUUGACAAGCUACUGCAGGAGAAGCAGGAGCUGGAAGUAAUGAUACUGCAGCUUCAGGAGCAGGUGAAGCUUUCAAGUACAGCAACUGUCGCCAAAGACAUCAAAAUCCUGAAAAAAGUCAUCCAAGGCUUGGAGCAGGAGCUGAUGAAAGAGAAGACGAAAAACCAGAGGGCGGCAAGUAAGCGGAACCAGGAAUACCACCAGGUCCUUGAUGAGCUUGAAGAGGUAAAGGCUUCAGAGCGGAAGUUGAAGCUACGCGUGAAGAACCUGACCAUUGAGCUGGGUUUGUACAAAAGGGGUCGACUCACACCAGCGGGACCCUCCCCACAGAACCGGUCGAAUUUUAGCCUAAGUUCUGGACGGCGCUCUCAGAGCAGGACCGACUCAGUCCCCAGACUUCGAGAGGACAGCCAGUCUACCUCGCGGGACCGGAACAAGCAGUGGUCGGGUUCCCGAGGGAGGGAGAGGUCCACGUCCAGAGAGAGGAGUGGCCGGCGAACAUCAUUUCGUGGCGGGGAGCGAUCAUCUUCCCGGGAGAGCCAGCAAGGAAAUCGAUGCCACGUGCACAAGCUGACUCCCUCUCCAACAGGGAUCCGACAGCCCCGCUUUGACCCCACUGCGUACGUGCACGACAAGGAACGCAAACGCAAGGAGGCAGACCAGAGGAACUUGAGGAAGAUCCACAGGAACAUGAACGGCCUGACCAGCGAUGAGCGAGGACGCCCAAAGUCCCGGAACUGCUCGCAGGAAGGCAGCACCGGCAGGAUGCAAGCCGCCAGUCGAAUCCGCACUCGGAGCUCAUCGGCGGAAAAUCUCCGAAGCAGAUUCUCCUCGGUGAGCUCAGUCAGUGACUUUGAGGACAGUGGAGCACCUUCCAACUCCAGAUUGCAAAGAGUCAGAAAACCAAGACGACCAUUGGGAUCGGCUUCCUGGACCAGUCCCAACUUGCCUCAGAGGAAACCAAAACAGAAGCGUUUAGCCAGCACCCCAACAAAAUCAAACAAGGCAUCUGACAAAGAAAACUAUCUGGACUCCUGUGACCUUUCUGAAAUUGAUGCCAGGCUUAACGCUUUGCAGGAGUACAUGAAGAAGCUGGGAGCACGGACUGAGUGAGCUGAGUUCCAGACCCUUCGGUCAGAUCCUAUACGGAAAAACAUGCCGCCGAGGGCAGGGGUGGUGGGUGAGACUGCGUGGGAACUGGGAUACAGCCUUCACACAGCAUCUGCCUGAUCCAGGACAGGAAUGGUGAAGCCAACACAGAUCAAUAAGGGCUUUAUUUUCCAAAACUGUGUAUCUGUUGGUUUAUUGUAACUAGGAAUGUAAAAAAAAAGUUCCAUACAAUGGUAAACAUUUGAGUGCUGUGUCAACUUGGGAGUGUUUUUAUUUCCCUGACUGAACAAAUCUGUUGUGAGUUAUUGGCUACAAUUCCACCUGGAAAGCACAGACUCCAACCAGAGCAAGGGUGGUGGUGGAGGGGGGAAUAGUGGCAAAUACCUUAAUAACUUGGGAAAUUGAGUCCACUGGGCGAUGGUGCUUGUUUCAGACUUACUUGGUGUUUUCCCCAGAUUUGUGUAAUGAGUGCUCAUUCCCUGUCUGCUGUGUCCUACAUGCUAUUCCAAUAGGAAUUGUUGAAUACAGACCAUAUUAAAUAAGCAUAGAUGUUCAGAUAUUACUGGGAGGAAGAGAGUGUUCCUGAUGGGUGGAAAGUGGUCAGGCAAUGGCACAAUGGAAGACAGUAGGCCUGUGCUAGACUCCCAUUGAUCUCGAUGGCAAUGGAUGUACACCAUUCACCCAAAACAAUCCUAAUGUGUCCUUGCAUCAUCUCUGUUCCCAUACAUUCUCAGGAAGUUCAUUCCAUCAGUCUCCCAUUCCAAAGAUUCUCUAAUUCUCCUCCAAGAAGAAAUCCUCGCUAGUCACACCCUCGCUGGUUUCCCACUCUGGCAACAUAAUUUGGUUUAUUAUUUUCCCCAUUCCAUCUUAACCUUUCUCACCCAACUACUCAAAAGCCAAGUUUCCUUUUGGUCAACUGCAGCCUUGUUUUACUGGUCAGGAGCACAUCUGCUGCACUGGCUUCUAAACGAUGCAUUAUACCACAGGUGAUCUUGCAGUCUGUGACUUGCUUAAAUGUGCUUUUAAUUAAUUUUGUGAUGAAUGUGAUGAUGCAUGGAUUAUAAUUGAUGACUCAUGGGAUGAACUGUAAUGUAUAUAGUUUUGGGUGUUGGCCUGAGUCCAACCUGAGGUGACCAGGCCAGACAUGAGUGAAUCCCAGUGUCCUGGGUACCAGGGGGUGUACAACUUUUGCUCAAUGUUUGUGAUGAAUGUAAAUAAUUUAUUACCAGUACCUAACAUUCCACACUUGGGCCCUGCAAAGUUUGCUCCUAAUUAACUCAAAAAACCUUUUGAUGAACUUAGAUUUUGAGAAACCAUCCAAGCUUACGUGGUUUCUAGUUUGUUUUCAGAUGAGCUCAGUUCACAAACUGAUUGAUCUUGACUGCUGUUGUCCAGACUGGUGAGCAUCUAAUGCUAUAGAAUAUCUAGGAUUACCUAUGUUCCCUUACCUGUAGUGCCACACAGUUGAACACUAAAACUUCACCAGGUUGGCAAGUGUAUGAAGUUAUCUCAGCUGGAUUUGUGGGCCCAGUAGCCUGAACCCUGAGGCUAUGCUGUGCCUCAAUACUCUCAGAAUUAAUGUCAUCUACCUCCCUAAUGUCUCAGAGCCCAAGGUUGAUGUGACUGGCCACUUAAGACAUGAUAAUUUGUUUGCAAAUGGACUUGCUACUGAAUAUUCAAACCAAAAGCAUUCAUCUUCCUUGUCAAAAACCCAUAGUUUUUUUUUUACUCACUGCAUCUUUAACUGUAACAAGGAAACCACAAGUGGAGUGAGUCUAAUGCAAAGAUACAUGUUAAGUAGAUACACUGAGACAUGUCUGGGUUCAUUGUCUGAGGUGGGAAUUGUACCAGCAUUGGACUCAGGCCUGUCUUCAAGGCUGUAUUAUGUCUGUACUGCUUCCACCAUCAGGAGCUAGCAGUACAUGUGGAUGGUUGAGAGACUAGAACAUCCAUCUUCCUCUACUAUAAUAGCUAACUUUAUUUUGGUUGGGGAAAAAAUGUACACAUACAUACUCAAUAGACUUUAUUUGUACUGAUUUUUCUACAGUCUUUUUGUAAAUAAAUCUUAUUCCAACAAAAUUUGUGUUGGUCAUUUAGGCAAAAAAAACCAUAUCUCAGCCACAAUAGUUCCCUGUAUCACGGUGGCACCCCGCAGAGGUGUGAACAGAGUCUACAUGGAGUAGUUGGGACAAGAAGCUAAUGAGCAGAUAUUUUGCUGCACACAAAGUUCUUUUUAUUAUAACAGAUGCACUCCUCCAAUCAUUGCACAUCCUACAAUGGUUUUGUUCUGUUAAUAAGAACAGAAAAUGCUGGGAAAACAGCUCCAGCAUUGUUUUAAUUUCAGAUAUCCAGCAUCUGCAAGUUUUUCUAUAUAUUACAUUCAUGACCUUCAAGAACAGGAACUUUUAACAUUAAUUUGAGGUAUCAUUUCAUUAGCAACUCAUCUGGUGCUAAGAUGAUAACAGAAACCCAAUAAGGAAUUCCAGAGAUAUUUUGCACUAGAGGCAAGUAUGUGAAUCUGUCACAGACACAAAGGGACAAACUGGACCAAAGUGGAUAAGCCAGGGGUCAGAGGAUAUUCCCCUGGAUACUAGCAUAGACCAGUUGGGUUGAUUAGCUUUCUUUUGCUACAUUUAUAGGUUCCCCCAUAUAGUCCUGUUAGAGAACUACAUUAAUGUGAUAAUUAUCAAACUGGGAUUGGUGGGUUUAAACAAAACAAAAUGAAGUUUUACUUCAUUAACUCUUACCCUUUCAUCACUGGCACUAUACUACUCCCAACCACCAUUCAUUCCAUAAAGAUUUUGGCUUGGUAGAAUGAUUUUAAUUUUGCAUCAAAACUGAUGCCUCAAUCUGGACUUUUAGGGAUUGUAGACGUGUCAAGCGACAUCCCUUUAAAAGCUUUAUACAAUCACCUGACAAUAUAAAUACAAAAUCAUAUCAGACCCAGUUUAAAUCCUUGGUGUUCAUUUUUUGAAGUUUAUGAAUGUAAAACACUACCUCUUUGGCUGUUUGCUUCAGUUUAAAAGGUUUGUCUGAUUCAUGUAUUAAUGAAUUCAGAUUAUUAACCUUAGAUUUUUUGAUCUUUUAAUGGAUUUUUUUUUGGAAUGGCAACCUACCAAGCCUAUAAACAUGGACUAAUUAGCGUCUCUCUUGAAUGGUCUAUGGGAGUUUAAAUGAUCUCUCUUUCAGGUGUAGAGCAGAGUAGUUAUUAAAAAACAUAACUGGAGAGUUAGUCAUAACAUUCAGCAGGAUUCAUAGAGCUUAGUACUUAGAAGGACAUCUUGCCAAACAAUUUUCAAACAUUACUUCACUCCUUCACAAUUAUACAAACAUGCACUUAAAUGCAGGUAACAGACUCUUGAAUCAAGCCAGUCCAGUUUCCUAUGCUGAUACGCUCCAGUGAGCUAGCUCCUCCUACAGCUCACCAUCACAUUUUCUUCCCUUGCCUACACGAACUUGAAUCAAAGCUAAUGAGUGAUGAACAGUUAACUGAAUUUCAGCCAAAAGCAAAAAGAAAACUUGUAAUUGUCUCUGGAAACAUCCAGUACUAUGAUUGGAUGUUACAAGAGAGGGAUAAUCAACACCUUAAAAUUACAGUCACACACCAGUAGGUAUCUAUCUUCCCUUGAGAUUAGUUGUAAGAAGCAGAGAGAAGGUAUCUUUACUUUGUUUUUAACCGUGUUUCAGUUACUUCCUUAACUGAAGGUAACUUUCACUGGUCAACCAUUUUGGUAAUGGUUGAUGAGAGAGAGUUCAAGUGUUAAUAGUUAAAUAUAACAUGGGAUCAUGCGAUGCAGACCCUCACCUGAACAACAAAUCACAUUGGUUCACCAAUAUUCCUGUUCCUAAAGAUCAAAAUUAUCCAUGGAAGAAGUGGUGGGUGAAUCAUCAGCAAUUGAGGUUUUCUAAAUUGGAAGUGCUGCACCAAACUUUGUGCAAGUCAUCCCAAGAUUGUUACAGCAUUCUGUACACUUGAUAGUGACUUGUCUUAAAAACAGAAAGCACACAUUUUAUUUUACAUCUGAAUUUAAGGAAUAGAUUAGAGACGAGCACUUUACCCAUUGAAAUUUGUCAGAAGCACAUUUCCCCAUUGUUUUAUAUUAUGAGUCCUAUUCUCAGGCAUUGCAAUAACAUUAAAGUUGUAACAAGUGUGCGUGUUACAGCAAUACAAGUAGAGAGCUAGGGACUUGCACAGAAAUACAUUGCCAUGUUAAUUUGGCAUUCAUGGUUAUAGACUUUGAGGAAAAUAACUUCAGCAAAUGAAUUUCUACCACAGAUUCAAAGCAUUUACAGUACAGACUGUGACACUGAGCUGAUGCUACAGUUACAGUGGAAAGGCAUCGAAUUCAGCAUCCAAACUGAUGCCUGACCAGAUGAUUUCCCACCGUUUUAUUCAGAUAUUUAAUUAAAAAAAACAUUCUCUUGAAUCUUUAGCACAAACAGCUUCUGCCAGACUCCAGUAUUACACAAUUCAAAAUGACAAAUAUCAUAUAUUUACAGAAGUAAAUAGGCAGUUUGGAGCAGGUUUCCGUGCAAGUUUUCAAUAGUGAAAGAAUGGAUACUCUUUGGGGCAGGAGGGGGGUGGGGAGAAAGAGAAACAGAUUCAUGCACACACUGCUCACUACCACCUUCAAGGACAAUUGGGAACAGGCAAUCAAUGUUGGCCUUAACAGUAAUGAAAAAUAAAUAAAACUACAACCAACAGAAUGGGAAUCAAAUUCAAGUGGUUUAAUUCUGGUGUUUAUUGUAAAAUAGCAAGCACUGCCUCGGUAAAAGAGGGGCAUUACUCAGUGGUAUCAAUCUACCAUAACGUUUUCCUCCUGUGGAAAUGUUACAAAGGGAUGGGUAAUGGGUUCAGAGGCUGCAGCAAUAGCAGAUUGUUACAAAUGUUCCCUUGCAUAAACUGGAGUCUGGCCUCCCUUGCAAUUCUGUUCCAAAAUCCAACAUGUAACAUUCGUUCCAGAGGUGUUUAUUAGCACCAAAGAAAAAGAAAAUCUCAUUCAGCACAAUAGUUAUAACCUAGGUGAGCUUUGCUUUUGUUAGUCCAUUCAUGUCUGCGUAUCACUGAGUACUGGAAGAGAGGGGGAGAAGACAGGCUGUAUGGCAACAUCCUUUGACGGAACACCGUUAGACAAAGAUUCCCAAAGGCAUGUAGUUCUCCUGGUGGCUGGGAGAAACGAGUUCUGCUCAUCUGGGUUCGGUGGUUACGAUAAUCUGAACGUGGCUUCUGUGGAACACUACCUCCUGGAGCACCGUUUGAGUACCCAACCUCUAACAGUGGCUCGACUGGGAAAGGUUUUAAAACAAGCACAGCAAAAUUUAGACCUGACAUGAUCGGCAAGACGUUAUGGGACCAC